AAGAGUUCGUGCCACCGACCUUCUCGGUCGUGCGCCGGCAGGGGGAGCCCGUCGAUUUUAAUGCGGGCACGCACGGGGAGCGGGUGUAUUUGUGCUAUAAACGCGGGGCUGGCAAUCCGAUCACAGACAUCCAAGUGA